AUGGUUCCUAGUUUGCAUCUUAUGAAAGAUGAUGGUGAUCCAUUUAGUGAUCCAAAUAGAUACAGGUGGUUAGUUGAGAGAUUAAACUAUCUCGCUGUGAAUCGUCCAGAUAUUGCUUUUGUAAGAAAUCACGGUUAUUCUCGCAUUAACUAUUUUGCUGAUGCAAAUUGGGAUGGAUCCAAGAUUGAUAAAAGAUUUAUUACUGGUUAUUGCGUCUAUGUUGGUAGAAACUUGGUAUCAUGGAGAAAUAAGAAACAAAAUAUUAUAUCUCGAUCAAAUGCAGAAUCCGAUUUAUCUGCAUUAUGUCUCGAAUUGGCCUGUUUGUAUCAGGACAGUGAAAGUGAAGAUGAAGGGGUGGCCUUGAUGAAUCAGAAGAAAAAAAGCACAACUGGCACUCUAGAAUACAAUUGCAAAUGCAGUCAAGCAGAACAGUUGUCACUCUUGAAACUGAUAAAGCUACUUUAA